AUGGAUGUGUUGGCUCCCUUCCCACCUAAAUUGGGACCAUUGGAGCGGAAGAAAAGGGUUCCUAGCUGCUGCUACUUUGAGACCCUAGGACUAUGUAUGUUCAAACAAACGCAUAGAACUUCUCAAAGAUCCCCUAACAAAUCUAGUUGGCUGGUUGAACUCGUUGGUUCUGAUUUGAUUGGCCUUCCCCUGAAUUCUCCACUGUCAGCACAUCAUCUCAUUUAUGUGCUGCCCAAGCUGAUUAUUCAGACAGAAAAAGGUACUGGGAUCGUAACUAGUGUGCCUAGUGAUUCCCUUGGUGACUAUAUGGCAAUGCAUGAUUUGAAACCAAAACGAGAUCUCAGGGAAAAGUUUGGUGUGAAGGACGAAUCGGCAAUGCCCUUCGACAUUGUUCCUAUACUUGAUAUUCCAGAAUUCUAA